UACACCGUGCGCCAAAGUUGUCCACUUAAACUACUCCCAACCUCCAAGCAGACUUUGCCAUCAAAAACUACCAGACCUUUUAGUAAAACACUGCGAAGAAUUAAAUAACCUUUGCCCACGUCUACUUGUGAGUGCUAGUUUCACCCCCCUCCCUUCACACACACACACACACACACACACACACCCGCACACGCACACACACACAUCAGCACCCAGUUCUCAGCAUUCUGUAGUUUACUCAUCCUCCCCGUCGCACAACUUGAGAAGUACUUCAUUUUUUCUCGUUCUAUGGGAGUGUAGCUUUCACCAAUUUGUCUGGCUGGAUCUACGUUUUUAUUCUUUUUUCACUUUUGUUUUUUAAAACGGAAGACGCCACAAUAUUUUGUCGUCGACAAAGCCAAUAUCGUCACCAAGUCUGGACUUGUUUGCUCCAUUUAGAAAUUGGCUUUAUUUUGUGCCUGCUCGGGUUUUGACAGUGUAGAAUGGCUACUUUACCAGGAACAGUACCUCGAAUGAUGCGACCAGCGCCAGGCCAGAACUAUCCCCGCACUGGAUUUCCUUUGGAAGUGUCAACACCUCUGGGUCAAGGUCGGGUGAAUCAGCUCGGUGGAGUGUUCAUCAAUGGAAGGCCGCUGCCGAAUCAUAUUCGACACAAGAUAGUAGAGAUGGCACACCAUGGCAUCCGACCCUGCGUGAUCUCGCGACAGCUUCGAGUUUCCCACGGUUGUGUGUCCAAAAUUCUUUGUCGGUACCAAGAGACAGGUUCGAUCCGUCCUGGAGCAAUAGGUGGAAGCAAACCCAGGCAGGUAGCAACGCCCGACGUGGAAAAGAGGAUCGAGGAGUACAAGCGCGAAAACCCCGGUAUGUUCAGCUGGGAGAUCCGCGACAAGCUGCUGAAGGACGGAGUGUGUGACAGAAGCACAGUUCCUUCAGGUGAGGCCUCAGCCGUGAGCUCUAUCAGCCGGGUUCUGAGAGCCCGCUUUGGCAAGAAAGACGAUGAAGAUGAUUGUGAUAAAAAGGACGAAGACGGAGAGAAGAAAACCAAACAUAGCAUCGACGGGAUACUGGGCGAUAAAGGCAACCGCAUGGACGAAGGCUCGGAUGUGGAGUCGGAGCCGGACCUGCCGCUGAAGAGGAAGCAGAGGCGUAGCCGCACCACCUUCACGGCGGAGCAGCUGGAGGAGCUGGAGAAGGCCUUCGAGAGGACGCACUACCCCGACAUCUACACCCGCGAGGAGCUCGCCCAGAGGACCAAACUCACCGAGGCCCGCGUGCAGGUGUGGUUCAGCAACCGACGAGCCAGGUGGCGCAAGCAGGCAGGAGCCAAUCAGCUGGCAGCCUUCAACCACCUGUUACCUGGGGGAUUCCCCCCCACUGGGAUGCCAACCCUGCCAACUUACCAGCUCCCUGAGUCCACCUACCCGACCACUACACUGUCACAGGAUGGCACCAGUACGGUGCACCGCCCCCAGCCUCUGCCCCCGUCCACCAUGCACCAGAGCGGGCUAACCGCGGACAGCAGCUCCGCCUACGGCCUCUCCUCCAAUCGCCACAGCUUCUCCAGCUACUCCGACACCUUCAUGAGCCCGUCAGCCUCCAGCAACCACAUGAACCCUGUCAGCAACGGACUCUCCCCUCAGGUGAUGAGUAUCCUGAGUAACCCCAGCGCCGUGCCCCCCCAGCCCCAGCACGACUUCUCCAUCUCCCCCCUGCACGGCAGCCUGGAGUCCUCCAACCCCAUCUCCGCCAGCUGCAGCCAGCGCUCCGACCCCAUCAAGAGUGUGGACAGCCUGCCCUCCUCCCAGUCCUACUGCCCCCCCACCUACAGCACCACCAGCUACAGCGUGGACCCCGUUGCCGCCGGUUACCAGUACAGCCAGUACGGGCAGACCGCUGUGGACUACCUGGCGAAGAACGUGAGCUUGUCCACACAGAGGAGGAUGAAGCUGGGGGAGCACUCGGCUGUCCUAGGACUGCUGCAGGUGGAGACAGGACAGGCGUACUGAUGACUCCCUGUGUCACGCCAGAACACCCGUCCCUCGCUCCAGUGAACCAGCCCCCCCACCCGUCCCAGAAUUCCAGUCCAGCACAGCAGCCAGAAAA